GGAGCUUUUCCCUCUCAUUGUUGCCAAGGAACUUGCUCAUAGGGGGUCUUUCGAGUGUGGGGUUAGUGCCCUACAGUCUGUCUUUCUCUGCCCGCGUGUCCUCUCCUCAUCCAAUCUCUAAAGUAGAGUCCAACUGUUCCCUGGACCCUCUCCAGUACCUCAACGCUGAUCAAACCCAGGCCACGGUCAAACUGGCUGCAGGACACAAGUUUGACAGAGAUGUUGAACUGCUGAUUUAUUACAAAGAUGCUCACCAGCCCACUGCUGUGGUGGAGGCAGGACAGGCCUCUGCUGAGCCGGGCUCUCUGAUGGGUGAUCCAGUGGUGAUGGUGAGUCUGUACCCUGAGUUCCCCCAGUCUGCAAUGGCUUCAUGUGGAGAGUUUGUGUUCUUAAUGGAUCGAUCUGGAAGUAUGAGUAAUACUCGCAUCCGCAGUGCCAAGGAUACUCUGCUGCUCCUGUUGAAGAGCUUACCAAUGGGCUGCUAUUUCAACAUUUACAGUUUUGGGUCCUGUUAUGAACACAUCUUCCCUAAGAGUGUGGAGUACAGCCAGCAGACCAUAAAGGAGUCUCUGAAGAAAGUUGAGCAGAUGGAGGCUAAUCUUGGAGGAACUGAGAUCCUGGAGCCCCUCAAAUAUAUUUACAGCCAGCCCUGCAUUCCCAAUCAGCCAAGACAGCUGUUUGUCUUUACUGAUGGAGAGGUGAGGAACACCAAAGAAGUGAUAGAUCUGGUGAAGAAGAACUCAGAUUCUCACAGGUGUUUCUCUUUUGGGAUUGGGGAAGGGGCCAGCUCUGCUCUCAUCAAUGGGAUGGCCAAAGAAGGAGGAGGUCAUGCUCAGUUCAUCACAGGGACUGACAGGAUGCAGGCAAAAGUGAUGCAGUCGCUGCGAUUUGCUCUGCAGCCGACUGUGGUCGACAUCUCAGUCACAUGGGAUUUACCAAAGGAAGUGUCUGUCACUGUCCUCUCUCCACCAAUCACAGCACUUUUCCAGGGUCAGAGGUCGCUGAUUUAUGCCCAGCUCACUGGACAGAGCUCAGAGGCAGCAGAGGGCUGUGUGACGGUGAAGUACAGCCUGGCAGGUCAUCCCUCUGAGAACCAGUUGCACUUCAGUCUCAGACCUGCAGAGGACACUGGAUUAACAGUCCACAGGUUGGGUGCUCGAACUCUGAUUCGCUCCCUGGAGAUGGAGGAGAGAGAGCACAGAGAACAGCAAGGUGGAGGUGUGAAGGAGAAGGUGGUGCAUCUCAGUGUCCAAUCAGGAGUUAGCUGUUCUUUUACUGCCUUCAUUGCUGUCAACAAAGACAACAGCAAAGUGAUUCAAGGACCUCUUGUGCGCAGAAAUAUUCCAACAGCCAUGAUCCAGAGUCCUCCUGUGGUGAACAGUUCUCUACGUAAUGGCCGUGCACACCCACCUGCAUUCGAGACAUAUCAGCAUUAUCAACCUCUAAGACUAGAUGGCUGUUCACGCCUACGUGCAUCCGCGGAAUAUAAGUGUCUUCCAUCUGAAAGGACAGAUGGUAAUGGAAGCCUACGUGAGUGUCUUCCAUCCAGAAAUGAAGCACUCAUCGAUUGUGCUCGAUCGCAGGUCAUGCGCUCUGCUAGAGAACCUGAUAGCUAUGAACCAACAAACAAGUCUGACAGCAAAAAAGGGCUAUUUACUCACAUGAAGAAGAAGCUACCUGUCUUUUGGAAAUCUCAUAAGACGCCUACCAACUAUGAUGAUGCUCGUCUAAACUUUGUGUAUGAAG